UUAUGAGAUAAUGGGGGUAGCAGUUGCGAAUACAAACGUGUGACGAUAAAGGAUUAGGACAGAUGGCGUGUAAGAAUCCUACCUAUAAGAAGCACGAGUACAAUGGAACUGCGUUCAAGACGUUUGUUAGAAUCCCGCAAGAAAGCAAAACAUACAAUACCGCUAAAGAUACGCCCAAAAGAAAGAAUUGCAAAGCCUGAUGGUAUGAAGAGAACAGCCUCAUAUGGAGAGAAGACACGGAGUGAGUUUGGCCUCUGCGCGACAAAAAGGACACGGAAUUCUAUGAAAGAAGAAAACGACAAUGACGAACAAAUAUUGUUUCCUUUUGAAAAAUUAAGACAUAAGACGCCAUUGCAAUCACAAAAUAGUGUUGUGACGAAGGAUAAUCCCAGAAGUAGCACGAGUACAAGGUAUUAUCCUGGGCGAAAUGGGUCUACAACGGAAGCACAUGUUCCUCUACCGCGCGCAAUACCCUCGUUACAAAUUUCUGCUUGGCAAAGAACCAGAGAGAAUCUUAUAUCAGACCCUGAAAGGUUAGAAAGAAAAAAAACAUAUGGAAAGAAAAUAUUGGAUCCUACCAUGAGAAGUACAAGUACAGUGGACUUGUCUUCGAGGAGUGAACUGGUAUCACGGACCUGUACUGCAGACAGAAAUUUCGAAAUAACUUCCAAGGAUAUGUAUUUCUUUCCCUGUGUGCGAAAUAAAGCAAAAACCUUUAAAGUGUACAGCUACGUACGAAGACGAAUAGAUGAGGCAAUCAAGCUAUGCAAAGAUGACACAAGAAGUCCAAUGCUUUGUUCACCAAAUAUUUGUAUCAUAUUUCCUGACAACCGUCCAGGAACAAGCACCAAUUACUGCGAAGCAUUUAAUGAUACCCAAGAUGAAACAUUUGAAAAGAUUCUCGACGAAGACCAAUCUGUGAUUGUGUCCGUCGGAGCAAACGAAGAAUAUUUUGCAACGCUUAGACAACAAGCUGAGGUCAAACUGAUGCCACCAAUUAUUUGCAAAGUAACGUGUGAAAAUCCGACCAAUAUGUGCACAGCAGGCAAACAUAUUUAUAGAAAAUCGUGGGGAUUUGAAUGUUUUGAAAAGGAUUUAUCGAAAGAAAACGUGGUGGCAUGUAUUGAUGAUGUGCUGGAAUACUACGCAUUUGAGAUGCUAGACAGAGCUACUAAACAUCUCCCCGAAUCAGGUGAGAAAACAUCAAGGGUUGUUGGUCAACUGAAAAGCUUCUGUAGUCAAAUAAUGCCAGAGCCCGAAUUGUUGAAGAGGGAAAAGACAGGACACACAAUUACAAGAAUGGCGCAGAUUUCGAAGAAGGUUUUGGCUCUGGCGCAAGUUUUUGCAUGUGAUGUUACGAAAGACUCCUUGAAAGUGAUGAUCCUUGAGAGGGACGAGACAGCACUGGAAGAAGUAACACACAAUUUGACAAAGAUGGGACUUUCAGAUGAAGAAUAUUUUGUACAAAUUGUAAAUAUUAGACCACUAGCAAUUGGACAAAUCACAAGCGGCGCAGAGGUAUCUGUUCAAGGAUCAGCACAUCAGGGAACACUCGGAGGUUUCGCAAAGUUUAGACAUAACAACACAGCUAAGACUCACGUUGUUGCAAUCACUGCCGGACAUGUUGUUAAUGGUCACGUCCCGUUGCAUAUUUGUGUCAAUAAUCAAACAAUUGGGACGGUUAUGGAAGAUGAAAGCACAUAUGAUAUUUCCAUAGCAAAAGUAACUGCUCCGGAAUACGACACUCGUUUCAAGACGGAAAGCGGGGACUUUGGUUUUGCGGAGUUGUGUCAUUUAAACCAAGAUGACCUAAGAUAUAAAGCCGUUCAUUUUCAUGGCGCCACUACUGAUCUUGCAAAAGGAAAUAUAUCGGCGACAGACAUCGGAGAUUCGUUUGCAGGUGGGUAUAUCUUGAUGGAAAUAUGUAACGAAGAAAACUCAGCAUUUGCUAAGCCAGGAGACAGUGGAGCAAUGAUUCUUAUGGAACGAGAUCCGCGGGAUUCAGAAAAUAUGUUUGCUUUAGGAACAUUAGUCGGAGAAGUCGUCCCGCGAAAUGAAAAUAAUGCAGAUGAAUCAGCAGGUGCAAGACGCGCGAAACUACCAGUCGAGCAGGCAAACCAAACGUUUGUUCAAUUAACAGACAAUCCGCCACUCUCAGAAGAUCCAACGCCAUCGAUUGAUCCAACACGUUCAGAAGAUGUACCACCCUCAGACAAUACAAGGUCAUCUUCACAUCCAAUGACCUUCACCACACAAUCUGAAGAUCAUAUGACAUCACAAAAACCCACCCACUCUGAAGUUCAAACGACCUCUGAAAAUCCAACACCCUCAGAAGAUCAAAUAGCCAUGGGAGGUAUAAUGUCCGCGGAAGGUUCUUUACCAAUGAAAGAUGAUGUACUCGCUCAUAACACUAAUCCAUCCACCGAUACUCUCAAAACGUAUGCAAUUGUUCCCCUGAAAAACGGAUUCGAUCAACUUUCGAAGAAACAUGGUGGCAGUCUCGAACUAUUUGCAAUGCCUGAAAUGAAUAACGAAACCAUAUUAUUGUAGAUUUGUUUCUAAAUGGAAAGUUUCAUAUAACAUGAGUUCCAAAAAACCUACAUUGGAAGUUCUGUGCAGUUGUUAUACGUCAGAAGUAAAAUAUAUCGUGAACAGUUUGAAAACGUAAAGGCUUGAAUAUCCCACAAUUAACUCGAUAAUACUAAUGUCAUUAUGAAUAGUAGAGAAGGGUGUUAUAUUUUUACAGCGUUUUCAACAGUUUCUACUUAUUAAGCUAUUGGAGAAGUUGGUUUUGAUUGAAAAAAAUAUAUUUGCUAUUGCCUUUUCUAAGACGAUUUUUACUUUAAGCUGUUCUUGUUUUAUACUGUAUGCUGGAACAAUUGUAUUUUGUUGACAAAAUGUAAGUGGGAAUAAGUGUACCAGUGGCUGAAAUCAUUGAAUGCAAAUUGUAUCGGUUGAAAGUUGUUCACAUUGCAUAAAUCAUAUGUAUUAGUUUAUGUUAUAAUCAUUACGCAUAGUUGUUUUAUAUUCAACGAUAUAUCAUUUGUUCAUUUUAUUUAAUGAGAUUUGUUUAUGCACAUCUUUAGCAUUUAGCUAGUUAUCUGUUUACGAAAUAUACAUGUUUUAUACAUUAUCUAAUGUAAUUGUGUAAUGUGCUGGU